GCCCUAAUUUGAAUGUUUGCGGCAGAUGGUUUGUUUUCUGGCUUUGUUGUUAGUUUGUUGAGACAGGGCACUUAGGAAGUUGUGAAGAUCAUCAGAGGAUUAGCUUGAGUUGAUCUGGAGUUAUGAUCUCGAACUUCAGAUAAUGAACUGUGGAAAUUUUCUUAAUUUGCUGGUUACUAUUUCUUUGUGCAAUACUGUGAUGAAUGAGCUAUGUUACAAUCAAGACUCUUGUGACAUACCCGUGGCAGAAUAUGUCGUCAGAGUUGAUGGAACCUUUUCGGAUGCUAAAGCAGUUGCUCGUCUGCAUGGUUUGGAAUUAAUUGAUGAAAUGAUCGGUUUCAAAGGAAUUUACAUAAUGCACAAGAGCAAAAGCUCAUUUCGAAAACGCAGACGCCGUUCUACAACUUCCAUCACUGGCCCAGGGGUCAAGUGGUCUGUAAGACAAGAUUUUCUCAUACGCACCAAACGUUCUAGUCUACCAUCUGUUUCUUGGAAUGAUCCAUUGUAUCCUGAUAUGUGGUAUUUGAACAGAGCCAGUAAAGGAGAGGGUUACGAUAUGAAUGUAUUGGAGGCGUGGGAUUUAGGUUAUACUGGUAAAGGAAUCAAGAUCACUAUCAUGGAUGACGGAAUAGAUUAUACACAUCCUGAUCUACUGUUAACAUAUGAUCCUAAAGCCAGUACAGAUAUUAACGGUCGUGAUAAUGAUCCAAUGCCGAACGUACGAAAUCGUGAUAACAAGCAUGGUACUCGAUGCGCUGGACAAAUCGCUGCUCAGGGUAAUAAUUCAGUAUGCGUUGUUGGAAUCGCCUAUAAUGCACAAAUUGGUGGUAUACGUAUGUUAGAUGGAUAUAUAACUGACAGAGUUGAGGCUGAAACACUUCAUUUUCGUCAAGAUUACAUAGACAUUUACUCAGGUAGUUGGGGACCUGAAGACUCAGGGAAAUUAUAUGAAGGUCCCGGUAUACUUGCUCAAUCUGCAUUCCAACAAGGUGUUGUCACUGGUCGAAGAGGUUUUGGGAAUAUUUAUGUUUGGGCAUCAGGUAAUGGUGGUUCCUUAGAUGAUUCAUGCGCUUGUGAUGGUUAUUCUAGUAGUCCAUUUACUUUAUCUGUAAGUGGUGUCAGUGAAUCAAAUACACGUCCAUGGUAUUUAGAAAAAUGUUCUUCUACUCUUGUCAGCACUUAUAGCAGUGGAAGUCCUAUGGAACGCAUGAUUUCCACUAUUGAUUUGGGUCAUGAUUGUACUCGUUUGCAUUCGGGGACAUCAGCAAGUGCACCGAUGGCAGCUGGAAUCAUCGCACUUUUGCUAGAAGCUAAUGACCGUUUAAGUUGGCGCGAUGUCCAGUAUAUCACUUUACUCACAGCUAAUCCAAAACCGUUUAAAGAUGGUAAUUUCACUAAAAAUGCUGUUGGUCGUCAAUAUAGUCAAUUGUAUGGAUAUGGUUUGAUGGAUGCCGGUAAAAUGGUUCGACUUGGGGAAUUAUGGCGUGGUGUUCCUCCACACCAUCGAUGUACUUCAAAUGUAAUGGAUGUACAAAAGAAUUUAGGAGGGAAAUUCAAUCAUACACUACUUCUUAACUUUUCUGGAUGUCAACCAAAAUCUCAAGAUAAUGAAUCAAUGAACCAAUUAAAUAAAUCUACUUCAGAAAAUGGUACACCUAUACGCUACUUGGAACAUGUUCAAGUUUAUGCGGAUAUUGUGUAUCAGCGUAGAGGAUUAUUACAAUUAUCCGUAAUAUCUCCCAGUGGUACACUAAGUGUUCUCUUACCACCUCGAAUUCAUGAUGAACACUCAGGUAAUAUUGCUAUGCUACGUUGGCCAGUUACAACAGUUCAAUUUUGGGGUGAAAAUGCUAUCGGUACAUGGCAAAUACGUUUGGAUAGUAUUGUGGGCAGUGAAAUUAGUCGUGUUGAUCCCGAUAAUUAUAAAGGAUUUUGGCGAUCUGUUUGGAUUGUAGCUUAUGGUACCGAUGAGUUUCCAAUUCGUCUUAAACCGCCAUCAUCUGAACAUCCACCGCCUCCAGAAUGGUUUGAAUCCUUCUCUGAAUAUGUCGUUGAUGACCAACACUGGCAUAAAGUGUACACAUGUCAUUCUGAAUGCGCUCCUGGUGGUUGUACAGGUCCAGCAGCUGAUCAAUGUAUCUAUGGUUGUAAAGCUUUUGCCACUGAAAGCAGACAAUGUGUGUCUGUUUGUCCUCCGGGAACCACAGCAUUUGGUGCCUUACGCCUUAGCACUUCACUGAACAAUUAUGCUAAUUCUAACAACAAUAAUAAUGGACAGAAAUCACUUGGUCGUCUCAAACCUGAAAUCGCAUCAUCAUCAUCACUUGCACGUAUACGAAGUGGUUAUCAGUCCGAUAUGCGUGAUGACCCUAUGCAUAUUAACAGUGUUAGUCAAAAUGGUAAUAGCCAACAAGGAUUUAAAAAUGAAAUGGUAUGUCAACCGUGUUGGUCAUUAUGUUCAUCGUGUAUACGUCCACAUAUUGAAUAUGAUUGUACAGCAUGUUCAAAUCAACGCUUUCUAGUACCUUUGUUAACAGCGAAUGAAGACAAAGGAUCAUCAUUUUCUUAUCAUCAUCCUCAUCAUGAUAAUAGUAAUGAUCAUGCUGGUAGUGACGGUAACAAUAAUAAUAAUAAUAAUCAUGAAAAUACAAAGCUAUUAAAUUUCAACUUACCUCAAGUAAUUGGUACAUGUCGAACUGAAUGUCCCAUUGGUUUCUUUGGUAACAAAUCUUCUUCAGUAUGUGAAGUAUGUGCUGAAAAUUGUGCACAGUGUAUUGGACCGAAGUCUGAUGAAUGCCGUGAAUGCUAUCAUGGUUUUCGAUUGAUUCUUGGGAGAUGUGUUGAUAGAAUGUCAACUGAUGGUCGUUGUAAAUCAGGACAAUAUUUAAAACAUUCCGAAUGUGUAAACUGUCAUCCGUCUUGUGAUAAAACAGGUUGUGUAACAUCGAAUCAAUGUAAUUGGUGUCCAAGUCAUUUAUCAAACUUUUUUAAUUACACUUGUACAAAAUCUUGUCCAGAAGGUUGGUAUUCUGGUGUACAGAUUAAACCUCCAUUUUAUUCAACUGAUGUACAAAAUCAAAUGUCUACUACUAAACAAGCCUAUCCAGUACAUAUGUGUGAACCUUGUUCACCCGGUUGUCAAAGGUGUACUAAUUUUAGUUCUUGUGAAGUAUGUUUACCAUAUUUGAAACUAUACAAUGGUACAUGUGUAUUGUCAUCGGAUAAGAGCGCUACGAAUUAUUCGAUUAUAGACAAUAAUAUAAAUAACAGUCAGGUUAUUGAUGAUAGAUCAAUUGGAUUAUCAUCAAACCAGUGUGGUUCGACAUUAUGUUCCACAUGUUAUGAUGGUAUGAGAAAGAGUUGUUUGUCUUGUUUACCAGACUAUUAUUUACUAGAGAUAACUCUUUUCAACGCUCUUCGAAAUGCUGAUCUGUUCAGUGGAGAUUUGAACAAUUUCUCAUCUUCGUCACCAUCUUCCUCUUCUUCUUCUUCUUUUUCUUCGCCUGCCGCCUCCUUCUCCUCCUUAGCAUCUGUAUUAAAUCAGACAAGCCAUCCAUUCAAUAUAUCAUCAGUGGGAAUGACCAUGACUAACAGCACCUCAGUGACAUCAACUAAAAACUCCCUGCUUACUAAUGCUACUACUACUACUAACAAUAAUGAUGAGACGAUAAUUAAAAAUUCAUCUCUAUUCAAAAAAAUUAUGAAGAAUCGAGAGGUGCUUAUAUCAAGACGUUUUGUACAUUAUAAAAAUAAUGAUGAUCAUAAUUCUAAUGGUUUGGAUUCACUCCAUCCUAAAUUUAUCUGUGUACAUAUAUGUCCCACUGGAUAUUAUGUAAAAAGGACAUCUUCGAAUGGUUAUGAAAUUAAAAUAUGCUCAAAAUGCGCUCCAUCAUGUUCUAGUUGUACAGAUAUAUCACAUUGUAAUUUGUGUCAGACGGGUUUCUAUUUAGACAAAAAGACCAAUACUUGUUUAUUACGAACUCAAUGUCGUCUUUCUGAAUACUUUGAUGAAGACUUGGGUACAUGUCGACCAUGUGAUCCUAAUUGUAGAACUUGUUCUGGACCACAUUCAUUUCAAUGUACCAGUUGUAAUCGAAAACCUCCACUUCCACGAUGUUUAUUAACAAAUCAACGUGUUUCAAAAUUGCAUAGAACUUCAAAAGAUUUGAUUACAUGGUCAGAUCAAUCUAACUCAGAACUUAAUUCUGGACAGUGUUUAAUUUGUUGUCCUUAUCGACUAGCUUUAACCAGUCGAGAUCCUAGACAAUGUAUGUUCUGUGUUGCUGAUAAAUUGUUUUGUCUUAGUGGUGAUGAAAUCGGUGCUGGAGAAAGUGGUUAUAUCCUAGAAGAAGUUAAUAGUAAAGAGAAAUCAUUAUGGAAGUUAUUCACCAAAGAACCAUCUCGUCUAAUUCUAUUAAUUAUAUGCAUUGUAGUCAUUGGUUUAUUAUUGAUACUUAUUAUAGUACACUUUAUAGUUAGACGCCGUUGUUGUUGUCAUCAUCAUCAAGGUCAAUAUUGCCUUUGUUGUUGUCAUAGUGGAUAUAAUGGACAACAUAAGAAACGAAGUAAACAAAUUGUAACAUCUGUUACUAGAAAACGUAAAGCUAGACAAUUAGCUCAUUUAACUAACAACAAUAAUAAUCAUUAUCAUUAUUAUCAAUAUGAUCAUCAUCAUCAUCAUCCUAAUCAAUAUUUCUAUAAUUCACAUGAUGAAGAAGAUGAUGUUGAUGAUGCGAAAGCGGAACAAAUUUCAUUAAAAUCGAAAAGAAGGAAAAACAAUGAUAUAACCAUAUCAUUCAUUGAUAAUGAUGAUUGUACUGUUGCUACUACUGAUCAUAAUAAUAACAAUAAUAAUAAUAAUAAUCAUGUUAAUACUGGUCAUUCAUAUAUUCCAUGUUAUAAAUCAUUGAAUUGUUCAAAUGGGAAAUUACACAGUGGAAGUGUACAUCGAUUAAACUCAGAAGAUCAAAUGAAUUCACAUAUUGUUCAACAUUCUAUAAUUACUUCAACGUUAACACCAACAACACCAUUACUAACAACAGCUACAAUGAACUUUACAAAUCUACAUCAACAACAACAACAACACGAGUUGAAUAAUACAACAUCUGGUAAUGAAGAUAAUGAUAAUUAUGAUGAUGAUGUUGAAGAUAGAGAUGUUAGUAAUAUAAGUGAAUCAUCUAUACCAAGUGAGAUAAACAGCUGAUAUUUUAAUACAAUUGACAAUAUUAGCCUUAUUCUGUUUCACAUUGCCUUUGUUAUCUUCUGUGUGAAAAUAGUAGAAUAGAUUUUUUUUCUUAAUUUUAUUUAUUUUAAAUAAUCAUAUUCAUUCAUUCCUAUUCCCUUGAGUAUUUGCAGCCAUCUUUACAUGAAUUAACAUUAUAUAUAAUCUCAUCUAUACACUUACAUAAUACACUAAUAACAUAAUACAAAUUGUUAUUAGUAGAUUGUACUAGAAAGUAAAGAAAUCAGUGAUUAUUAAUUAUCAUUUACGCCUAGAAAAAUGCGUAUACAAUCAAACGGAUAUCAGUAACAUUGAUAUACAAAGUGAUUUUAUUUCAAAAAUGUGGGGGGGGCGAACAACAAUAACAACUGAAAAUUUCUUUCCUAUUCAUUAUUUUUUAAUCUUUUCUUUUCUUUUCCUGCAUUAUUGCAUGUACACAUUGGUGUGUGUGUGUGUGUGUGUGUGUGUGUGUGUGUGUGUGUGUACCAUUUACAUAUACGUUUUGUGAUUUUAUCCCAAAUAUGUAUAAUUUAUGUGUAAAUUAGUAGUAAUAUGAAUUGAUAUUACGUAUACACAACUUUCAUGAUAUAGUAUAGAAAUGAAACCUUAAAAUUGACAUACUUUAUAUAUAAUACCCGAAGAAGUUGUCAAUACUGAAUGAAUGAAUGAAUAUAUGUAUACACAUAUUCGUAGAAAUAUGCAUAAACUGUGAAAAAUAUUAUAGAAUGUUGUUUUUAACUUUUCUUCUUUCUUUCCUUUCUGAACACUCAUUCAACUACCCAGUUUUAUUUUCUCUCAUAUUGCCUUACCUUUUUUUUUUCUUUUUGAACAAAAAACAAAAAAAAAUUUAAUUUUCACCUCUCCUUUUUUAAUGAGAUAACAUUGAAAUUUUGUUUGCAUUAGUACAUAUGUAUGUAUGUAUGUAAAGCUUUUCUUAAUAUCAAAUAAGACUGUUUCAUUUCAUUUUACUUUUGUGAUUGACUAACUCAUUCAUACAUUCAUUUAUCGGUUAUUUUUAAUUCUUAAUAAGGUUUUAUUGUUAUUUUCUAUGCACAUGACAAAUAACUCUCAUUAAUUUAAUUAGUACAAUUACUGUUAUUAUUAUUAUUACUGCUAUUGCCGCUGUUAAUACUUAUGUUAAUUCUUUUGUUUAUUGCCUUAUUUUACAAACUUUUUCUUCAUUUUUUUUUUAGAAAAAAAUUGUAUUUUUUAAUUGUUUUCAUAUUAAUUAUCAUGUACUCAUUUGAAAGGCCUACCACCGCCAGCUGUAGACUGCUGCUGCUGCUACACGUGCCUUAUAAUAUGCGCUACCCUUUUAGAAUUAUGCCUAUCUAAUGUAUAAUUAAUGAGUAUAGUUUAUAACAAUGAUUCUUAUUAUUAUGAUUACCUGUCAGAUCUCAUUCAACUUCUGCUGAUACGAUUUACUACUGCUGAAAAUAACCACCUUUUAUAAUAUAUUACUAGUAAUCAUAAUAACUACUACUACUACUACUACUGCUGCUAGUCUUGUUCACAAGAAAUUCGAACAAAACAUUUCAGUAGUGGCAUAAUUGUAAUAUUUUCGUUGCUAUCUUGUCCACUUUUGUACUAUUCCCAUUUACACUUUUAUUUUUUUGAAGUAUUUCUGCUGGGCAUGGUUAAUUUCUUUUUUUGUUUUGUUUGCUUUUAUCAUUGUUGAGGGUAGUGAAUGGCAAUCGGAGAGAAAAGAUGUAUGAGAUAUUA